AUGGACAACUCCUAUCUCAUCGGCAUACCGCCCUACAUGAUGGACCCCCUCAACGAAUGCAGCCCUACCGCCUCCUUUGACCUACCACAACUCUUCUCCGCCCUACCUAGGGGAGAGAGCAUCACCCAUGACCUGCCAUCAUUUAUGGACUACGGAUAUGUUGGCGACAAUGGCGAGGGCCAAGCCACCGCACCGGGGCGCGGUGUUGAGAAUCACGAAUCAUCGAAGACGGGCCAUUCCAAGGGGAUUGCCACCGCCCCUCAGCAAGUGCAAUGGCCGCAAAGCAGCGCUCCCACCAGAGGUACGAAGAGGAGCCUCCAAACCAUGUGGAAAGAGGACGAAGACAUCGACCUGGUGUAUCCGUCACAGGAUGUAGCAGAGGCCGCCGUGAGCCUCGUACAAAUGUGCACGGCAUCCGCUGCAGCAUCCGCCACCCUGCGUCCCGGAGAGAAAAUGUCCCUCUCGUUCAUUCUCAACUGA